CACAUCGUCAUCACAUCAAAUCCGUCGCACCAGACCAAAGCACCCCACCCCACUCCAGUCCACGCUCCAAACCCUCACGCCCCCACCUCACCGCCGCCGGACGGCGACCCCUCCCCGGCCGGGAUCGGCGGCCAGGCGAGCUCGGGCGCCCACGGCUAGCCCCGAUCUUCGGGGAUCCACGCGCGGCUCGGCUGCAGCCGGCGAGCGCGAGGUCGACUGCGGGGGAGGCCGCGGCCUAGGUGUACGGGAUCGGGCGGCGGCCGCUGCGACGGCGAGCUCUCUCGGCUGCGUGACCGCCGGCGUGGUGCGGGGGACUGUGGCAUCCAAGAGCUUCAUUCUCAAGUUUGGAUGUUGAAGGGGUUCAGGAAGUAGAGCACACCAGGAUGUCUGUCAAGUGUUCCAUUACUAUUAUCAUCCAACUUCUCUUCUGCUAUAUGCUUUGUCAGCCAUGCUAUGGCACAUUAAGUGACAUCCAAUGCCUAAAGAGACUGAAGGAAUCAGUUGACCCAAACAAUAAAUUGGAAUGGACAUUUACUAACACUACUGAGGGAUCUAUAUGCGGAUUCAAUGGCGUGGAGUGCUGGCAUCCUAAUGAAAACAAGAUUCUUUCUCUUCAUCUUGGCAGCAUGGGUCUUAAGGGCCAUUUCCCUGAUGGGCUUGAGAAUUGUAGUAGCAUGACUUCACUGGAUCUCUCGAGCAACAGCCUUUCCGGUCCAAUCCCAGCUGACAUCUCAAAACAGCUGCCAUUCAUUACAAACCUUGAUCUAUCUUAUAAUAGUUUCUCAGGGGAGAUUCCAGAAUCCCUAGCUAAUUGUACUUAUCUAAAUAUUGUCAAUUUGCAAAAUAACAAAUUAACUGGAGCAAUCCCAGGGCAGCUUGGUAUUCUAUCUCGCCUAAGCCAGUUUAAUGUUGCCAACAAUCAACUGUCAGGGCCGAUACCUUCAUCUUUCGGCAAAUUCGCGUCAUCCAAUUUUGCAAAUCAAGACCUCUGUGGGAGACCUCUGAGCAAUGAUUGCACUGCCACUUCAAGCAGCCGUACAGGGGUCAUUAUUGGUUCUGCUGUUGGUGGUGCAGUUAUAAUGUUUAUAAUAGUUGGUGUUAUCCUGUUCAUUUUCUUGCGGAAAAUGCCUGCCAAGAAGAAGGAAAAGGAUUUGGAAGAGAAUAAGUGGGCAAAGAAUAUCAAGAGUGCAAAAGGAGCGAAGGUAUCCAUGUUUGAGAAAUCAGUUGCAAAGAUGAAGUUAAAUGAUCUGAUGAAGGCAACAGGUGAUUUUACUAAGGAUAAUAUUAUUGGAUCUGGUCGAUCAGGAACUAUGUACAAAGCUACACUCCCAGAUGGUUCAUUCCUUGCUAUCAAGAGGCUACAGGAUACUCAACAUUCCGAGAGUCAAUUUGCAUCUGAGAUGUCAACAUUGGGAAGUGUAAGGCAGCGCAACUUACUUCCUCUUUUAGGCUAUUGUAUUGCUAAGAAAGAGAGGCUCUUGGUAUACAAGUAUAUGCCCAAGGGUUCACUCUAUGAUCAGCUACACCAACAGACUAGUGAGAAAAAGGCAUUGGAGUGGCCAUUGAGGCUCAAAAUUGCCAUUGGGUCUGCUAAAGGUUUGGCAUGGCUUCACCACAGUUGCAAUCCCCGCAUCCUUCACCGGAACAUUAGUUCGAAGUGCAUAUUACUCGAUGAUGACUAUGACCCUAAAAUUUCUGAUUUUGGGUUGGCAAGGCUUAUGAACCCCAUCGACACCCACCUGAGCACAUUUGUCAACGGUGAAUUUGGAGACUUGGGGUAUGUAGCUCCUGAGUAUGCACGUACCCUCGUGGCCACUCCAAAAGGGGAUGUUUAUAGCUUUGGAGUUGUGUUGCUUGAACUUGUCACUGGUGAAGAGCCCACACAGGUGAAAAAUGCCCCGGAAAACUUCAAAGGAAGUUUGGUGGAUUGGAUAACAUACCUGUCAAACAAUGCUAUCCUUCAGGAUGCAGUUGAUAAGUCCUUGAUUGGAAAGGAUCAUGAUGCUGAGCUGCUUCAAUUCAUGAAGGUUGCAUGCUCGUGUGUGCUUUCCGCUCCAAAGGAAAGACCGACAAUGUUUGAGGUUUACCAGCUAAUGAGAGCUAUUGGAGAGAAAUACCAUUUUAGCGCUGCAGACGAUGAAUUGACGAUGCAGCCGCAGAAUGCUGAAGCCGAAAAGCUUGAUGAGCUUAUUGUAGCAAACUAGAUGAGGGUGAUGAAUGGAUGUUGCUCAGAUGCAGUAGCUACUGUGAAGCUUCUAGAUAAUCAGGGUGAUCCGAACUGAAUGGAAUCCUGCUCAGUAUAUUUUUUCCAGCAAUUGCACUGCUGAGCAACACUAGGUAAAGCUGUAAGCUCCAAGAUAUGCAUGCCAUUUGGUUUGUAAGAUCUGUAUCAAUUAGCCAUGUUAAAACUUUUUCUGUACAUUCUUGCCUUGCUGUGUACUAUCUCUAGGAUUGGCAUGUCCUGCUGUUGUAAGAUGGAUCAACUGUAUCAGCAUCCGAAUUUAGUUGUAGUAGCUCUUAGAUUUAGCAAUGUUGAACAGUACUACUGGGUUGUUGAUCCUCCACAUUUUUUUCGGUGCGUUCCUUUGUCAUUUUUGUUAGUUAAUGUGGAGUGAGCCCCUACAAUAAUCUGAUGA